CUAUAUUAAGUACAGUAUACAUGUUCAGUUUAGGCUCGACUGUGCAUAUAUACAAAACACAUCGAUAUUGAUACCUGUGUACUAUAUAUAUGGCAUGAAUGAUGUUAAUGUAGCGGAUCUGAAGUGCCUGAGUGUCUGUGAAUAUGGAUAAUGGAAUGGACGAAUUUCACGUGUUUACAGAAAUUCAGUAAAAUGUGUUGCCGGUAUAGUAUAUGUUUGUGUCUAAUCUAGUUUAAGGUUAUGCUGAGAAGUGAAGUAAUGUUUAAAAAGAAAUAGAAAUUUUAAUUACAUAUUACAAUGUAGUUAACGAAUUAUAGACAAUAACUAUUGAAUCUACAAAGUUUCAAUAAAUAAGACGCUAUGAAGCUAGUUAAGCCGACUUGGGUUACGCACGAUGGAUACUCCAUAUUUUCUGUGGAUAUACAUCCAGAUGGCAAAAGAUUUGCCACUGGUGGGCAAGGUAUGACAUUAUUUAUCUUCUCUCAGGGCUUGAAUGAAACUGUUAAAUUUUCAAUUGAAUGAAGCUUCAUUAAAAGUUANGUUUACUAAUUUAAUACAUUUAUAGCAUGUGUCAAUUGUGUAAGGUGGAGUAAUAAUGGAUUAUUGGCAUCUGGUGGUGUAGAUAAAUUGAUCAUGAUAUGGCGAUUGUCAGGUGGAUCAGGUGGCAGUUCAAUAUUUGGUGGAAAAUCCAGUGUUGAAACUUGGCGUUGCAUAGCUACAUUACGUUCGCAUGAGGCUGACGUGCUUGACCUAGCAUGGGCUCCACAUAGUCCGUGGUUAGCCUCGGCAUCAGUAGAUAAUAAUGUAAUUGUAUGGGAUGCGUCGAAAUUUCCAGCUAUCGUGGCUGUAUUGAAAGGUCAUACAGGAUUUGUAAAAGGAGUUACAUGGGAUCCAGUAGGAAAGUAUUUAGCUUCCCAGUCUGAUGACAAAACAUUAAGGGUUUGGCGUACUACGGAUUGGACGGAAGCGACGCUCAUAUCAGAACCAUUCGAAGAGUGUGGUGGAACAACUCAUGUCUUAAGACUUUCCUGGAGUCCAGAUGGACAAUAUUUGGUAUCAGCGCAUGCAAUGAAUGGUGGAGGUCCUACGGCACAGAUAAUUGAAAGAGAUGGAUGGAGGCAGGACAAAGACUUUGUUGGCCAUCGAAAAGCUGUUACAUGUGUGAGAUUCAAUGGCAAUAUUUUACAAAAGAAGCAACUAGGUUCUUCUAAACCACAACAGUACUGCUGCGUUGCUAUAGGUUCGCGUGACCGUUCUCUAUCUGUGUGGUUAACAUCUCUAAAAAGACCUUUAGUUGUUAUACACGAACUAUUUACACACUCGGUCUUAGAUGCUAGUUGGUCACCGUGUGGUCUUCGAUUAGCCGCUUGCUCUUGGGACGGCUCCGUUGUACUCAUCGAAUUCACACAACAGGAAUUAGGUCAACCAUUAGAUCCUGCUGAACAAAGUAGUCUUCACGAACGUUUGUAUGGUAAACCAUUAGUGCAAGGUGGUUGUAAUGUAAUGGAAGCACCGGAGCUUCUUAAUUUAAAAACAUCGGCACAGCCGACACAAGUAACACAAACAUCUACAGUCAUAACGCAUCCACCUACUACUACUGCUACUACUACUACUACUACAACUACUGCUAAAGGUCCAAUUAAUAAACAAAUUGAAACGAGAACAUCGGAUGGUAAAAGACGGAUAACACCAAUGUUCAUACCUCCACCAUCCGACACGUUGGAUUCAUCAAGUGCAAGAUUAAGUCAACCAACAUUUACAAGCCAAGUGAAAAGUUCAAUUGUUAUAGAGAAACGAGACGAUGUUGUUACACCUAACGUAUCUUCUGCUGUAACUUCGGACAAUACAGAAAGUCCGAUGUCCAAACUUACAUUAAAACGUCGCGACCAAAGUACCCCGAGACUGCACUCGUUUAGUAAAAAACCAAAGGUUGUGUCUGAAAGAAGUGCGAAUCAAUUCAUACUGCCUCCGUUGAAGCCGUCCGGUUCGUUAUCUCAACAAGCUGGUCACUAUGCGGUAACAGUGACCAACAGUCAGGGUUUAGCUCAUUUACAAGUGUUCAAAGGUACGGAUUCUGAACCAAACUGGGAUGUGUAUUUAGGAUAUAGUGCUGUAGCGUUAGCAACAUCGCCAGCUGUUAUAGCGGUUGCCUUAGAAGAUGGCACUCUACAUACGUUUCACACUGAGAAAGGUAGUCGACCAGCACCGCCUUUAGCACCACCUUCACCACUCGCGAAAGUACAUGCAGGCGGAAAUGCGGUAAUGGUAAUUUCAUGUUGUGGUGCUGUACGUGUCUGGGAAAUAGGAUAUUCUUGCAGAAUGAUAGUCUCGACUUCUGCAGCACAUUUGGCAGUACCCGGCGUUUCUUUGUUGUCUUGUACUUUAUAUAACGGAAUGCCGCAUUUAGCAUUCACCAAUGCUAGAGCUUACAUGUAUCAUAAAGAAAUGGGUACAUGGUUGCUGAUUGGUGAUGGUCAAGAUCCUGUAUGGCGUUGGGCAUCUAUUAAUGCGUCAAGUACAUCGGGAAAUCGCGCACCCAGAGGUCCACUUGCUUCUUUACAGGAGGGCUUGUUUAGGACUGCAGGCAAUCCUUUACCGAAUCCAAGAUUACCUCACAGCGCACCAAGCGUAGUAUCCUAUUUGGAACAACAGUUACUUGCCUCUAAAGCUCUUGGAAGUGCUCAAGAAUACAUACAUUGGCUCAUGGCUCUAGUAUCGUUUCUAAUAACGCAAGAUGGAUUGGAGAAACGUCUACGGAUAAUCUUAGAUGAUCUUUUGGGUCCAAGUCAUACAUCAGCUUCUAGAAGCAUAUGGGACCCCUUAAUUCUGGGACAUAGGAAACAUAAACUUCUAGAAGACGUGUUAUCAGUAAUAGGUGGUCAUUUACGUUGGCAAAGGCUAUACCUCGAAUAUAUGGAACAAUUAACGGCACUUAGAGAUCAAAGUAACUAAAAGUAAUUAUUCAAAAUAGAUUUGACGCAGCAUGUAAAAUACCCAAUGUGAUUAUUUAUAUUUGUAUAUUUUUGAAACACGAAUUACUAUGAAACAACUAAAUUGUACAGAACUUUUAUAACAUACGUAAUGUAAUAAUUAAAAUAACUAUAUGUUAAACAUGACACUUUUGUACGAAAUAAAUAAUAUUUUUAUUGUGGA